GCCACCCCCGAGGCGGCGAGCAGGCUCCCUCCGGGGCGCGAGCCCGGGGGCUCUGUGCGGCGCGUGGGGUUUUUAAAGAAAACCCCCCCAAGUUGUAGACGUAGGGAGGGCGUCAAGCACAUAUUUCAAACGCGCCCAGAAUCUUUGAUGCCUGGCACUUCUGGACUGAGGGAACCUGCUUGCUGGCCGAAAGGAGCGGGUUUGGAAAGUGAGGAGACGUCUGACUGGAGGCGGAGCCCAAGCGGGCGCCUUCCGAGGCCGCCCCCAGAGCGGAGCUUCUGGAGGAUCUUGGACGUGGGCUUGGUCUCCACAAGCUAAGACGAGUUUGCUUCUGUCCUCCAUGCCCAACCCCCCUGGUAUGUAGGCAGCUGGGCGGAGCCUACGACUGAGCCCUCUUCAGUUACCUGCGCAGAAAGCAGCGAGCUGAGUGAGUCUUGAACGGAAAAAGAGCUUCCCGAGUCUUCAGAUGGAUUUUAAAAUUGAACACACUUGGGAUGGUCUUCCAGUGAAGCAUGAGCCAGCAUUUGUCAGGUUGAAUCCAGGCGAUGGAGGAGUGAUGAUGGAAGUUAAUGCUCCAUUUUUCAAUGAUCCUCCAGCCCCACUUGGAGAACCAGGAAAACCUUUCAAUGAACUUUGGGAUUAUGAAGUUGUGGAAGCAUUUUUCUUGAAUGACAUAACCAAACAAUAUUUAGAAGUUGAACUUUGUCCAUAUGCACAUAUUGCAGACAUGAAGGAAAGUAAAGAAAAUAACAUUUGUUUCUUUCAAACACUCAUGAGGAAUUUUAAUUUUGACAGUCAUGGACAACAUUUGGUGCUUUUACUCUCUGGAAGAAGAAAUGUGUGGAAAAAAGAACUUGCUCUGUCGUACAAAGUGUGCACAGGAAAGACAAAAUGGGAAGGCAGAGCUUAUCUUCCUUGGAGUUAUUUUCCACCACAUGUGACAAAAUUCAAUGCAUUUGCUAUUCAUGGAUCAAAAGAUAAGAGAAACUAUGAAGCUCUUUACCCUGUACCUCGACAUGAACUGCAGCAAGGACAAAAACCUGAUUUCCAUCGUCUGGAAUAUUUCAAGCCUUUCGGUUUUAACACACUGCUUGGAGAAGAAUGGAAACAACCAGAAUCAGAGCUGUGGCUAACAGAGAAACCUGAUGUACAGGAGUAUAGUAGAUGACCAUAUCAGUCAUUUCUCCUCUGUAUCUUUUAAGGUAAACCAAUAAUAAGUAUAAUCUUUUUUAAUCAUGAUACCACCAGCACAUUUCAAGAACUGUUUUCAUGGAGGUCAGUGAAAAUAUAGUAUCUCUGGCAAGUUGUAUAUGAGUUAGCAAGAGAAUAGGAAGUUUGUAGAUGACUUUAUCUAGAAAGUUAAAAUGUUUCUCAGAGUCAUUUACUCUAGGAGUCAUCACGUCAGUCAGUUCUAUCUGCCUUGCAUCACCAUCACCCCAGAUAUCCCUGACUCUGUCAACCAACAUCAUUAUUUUUUUCCACUUCCCUAAACUUCAGCCAGCCUGAGACUAGAAUAUGUUAUUUGUGCAUUUUUUUAUUUUAUUUUUUAUUUUUUUAUUUUUUUUUUUAAAGAUUUUAUUUAUUUAUUCAUGAUAGUCACACAGAGACAGAGAGAGAGAGGGGGAGACACAGGCAGAGAGAGAAGCAAGCUCCAUAUAGGGAGCCCGACGUGGGAUUCGAUCCCAGGUCUCCAGGAUCGCGCCCUGGGCCAAAGGCAGGCGCUAAACCGCUGCGCCACCCAGGGAUCCCUGUGCAUUUUUUAAAAUUCCGUGUAAUGUACAGUAAUUCUUUACUUAGAAUCUUCUGUGCAUUGUUGAAAUGGGUUGAAAACAAUGACCUAUUUCAGUUGACAGGAGAUCCACAUCCAUUAAGGCAUCAUUAAGUUACAUAUGUAUUUAACCAUCUGUUUUCCCUGUCUUGUGACUAUUUUUAGUGUGUGGAAGGAAAUGAAAUGGUCUUGAAUCGGGGCAACAGAUUCUACUUUCAUUUACAAACAAGUGACAUUUUCUUAAUGCUGUUAAACCAGAUGCCAAAAUGUCUUCAUUUUAUUUUGUAAACAUCAAAUACUCCUAGUCUAGAGUUUUUCAAAUUUUGUAUUGUCAUAUAGUUCAGAGUUUGAAGCCAUCUAAUAGAUCAUCUAUGAACUUCUCCACCAAACCUCAUCCUUCACUAGCUUUCUUAACUAAGAGAUUAGCAGUCUUACAGAAGAAUUUUUUAAGGACUUUUAUUUUAUUAUUAUUAUUUUUAAAGAUUUUAUUUAUUUAUUCAUAGAGAUGCAGGGAGAGAGAGAGGCAGAGACACAAGCAGGCUCCAUGCAGAGAGCCUGACGUGGGACUUGAUCCAGGGUCUCCAGAUCACGCCCUGGGCUGCAGGUGGCGCUAAACCGCUGUGCCACCAGGGCUGCCCUUAAGGACUUUUAUUACUUGUACAGAAUACCUAGUUGUCUGUCUGUUUGACAAUAUAUUUUAUCCUCUUCUUUUUUACUAACAGAACUUGAAUUUUUAGGGGCACUACUUAAAAACAUUUUUCCAGAUUCCUUUGCAGUUAGAAAUGACAUGAUAAAACGGUUCAGACUAAUGAGAUGUAUGUAUACAUUGUCCAGUAGAUCAUUAAGAAAAGAUGUUUUAAAGGUGAAAGAUUCAUCUUUUUUUUUAAUUUUUUUAAAUUUAUUUAUGAUAGUCACAGAGAGAGAGAGAGAGGCAGAGACACAGGCAGAGGGAGAAGCAGGCUCCAUGCACCGGGAGCCCGAUGUGGGAUUGGAUCCCGGGUCUCCAGGAUCGCGCCCUGGGCCAAAGGCAGGCGCCAAACCACUGCGCCACCCAGGGAUCCCAAGGUGAAAGAUUCAGCUGCCACAUACCUUUUACCUUUUGUCUUUUUCUCCUGAAUUGCAUAAUUGAAACCUGAGGUAACACACUAGCUGUAUUGUAUCAAUGAGGAGAUAGUCAAUGAAUAGUCAGCUGAGCAACAAGACAAAGGAGCCUGGGUUCUAAACAGUGCAAUAGAGUAAUGUAUCAUAUCUGGACUACCUACCUAUAGAUUUCUUUAUAUAGGAGAAAAUAAGCCACCUAAUUUGUUUUUCUAAAUUAAUCUAUAGGUUCACUACAAUCUCAGUUAAAAAUCCCAGAGGGAGUAUAAAUUGACAAACUGACUCAAAUUUUAUAUAGAAAUACAAAGGACCGGGGUGCCUGAGUGGUUCAGCAGUUGAGCGUCUGCCUUUGGCUCAAAGUGUGGUCCCAGGAUCCGGGAUCGAGUCCCACAUCGGGCUCCUUGCCGGGAGCCUGCUUCUCCCUCUGACUGUCUCUCUCUCUCUCCCUCUCCCUCUCUCCUCUGUGUCUCUCAUGAAUAAAUAAAUAAAUAAAUAGUCUUUAAAAAAGACAAAAAAAGAAAUACAAAGGACCUCAAAAUAGCCAAAAACAAUUUUGAAAAAGAACAAAGUUGGAGGACUUAUACAAUCUGACUUUAGAACGUACUAUUAAGAUAUAAUAAUGAAGGCAGUGUGCCCUUGGCAUAGGUUUAAACAAAUACAUCAAUGUAACAGGAUGGAGAAACUAUAAAGAACAAUGUGCAAUCAACUGAUUUUUUUUUACAAAGGUGCCAAUGUAUUUAAAAAGGAAAAGGAUAAUCUUUUCAAUAAAUGGUAUUGAAAUAACUAUAAAAAACAUGAAAACAAAAUCAAAACCUUCUCUCCUACUUAAAAGUCUACAGAAAAAUUAAAUGUAACUGGUGAAAUGAAAACAAAUCUAGGAGAGAAUCUUUGUAAUCCAGGUUAGAGAAAUAUUUUUUUUUUUCAGAUAAGACAUGAAAAGCAAUAAUUUAAAAGAAAAAGAGAAAUUGGACUUCAUCAAAAUAAAAACAUUAUGUUCAUCAAAAACUUCCAUUAAGUGAAGAAGCAAGCCACAGAUUGGAAUAAAAUAUUCACAGUACCCAUAUCUGACAAAGGAUUCUUACCCAGAAUAUAUGAAGAACUCCUGUAAAUCAGUAAUAAAAGAAGCCAGUUAAAGAAACUUCACAGAAAAAAAAUAUACAAAAGUAAAUAUAUAAAGUUAACAUCACUUAUCAUCAAGGAAAUGCACAUUAAAACCAUAACAAGAUAGCACUAAAUGACUAAAAUUACAAAGUAUACACACUGGUUACAUGGUUAAAGCUGAAAAAGACUGACAAUAAUGGGAAUAAUGUCCAGCAAUAAUGGGAAUGUGGAGUACCUAGAACUUUCAUACACAGUGGAUAGGAAUGGAGUAUAUGGUACAAGAACUUUGGAAAAGUGGAAGUUUCUAAAGUUAAAUACACACCUACUCUGUGUUUCAGCAGUUUCAUUCUUAGGUAUAUACUCAAGAGAGUAUAUACUCAAAUGAGUAUUUAUAGCAGUUUUAUUCAUAACACAAAACUAUAAACAAUCGAGUUUCUAUCCACAUGAUAGACAAGCUGCAAUAUACUCAGUGGAAUACUACUUAUGAAAACGAAUGGACUACUGGUACGUGCAUGAGCCUACAUGAAUCUCAAAAGCAUUACAUUGAACAAAAUAAACCAGAUACAAUAUUCUGUAUAACUAUUUAUAUGAAGGCCAAUUAUAGGCCAAACCAGGCUGUUGUGAUGCAUCUCAGAACAGUGAUUGCUCUGGGUGAGGGCAGAAGAUUCAAAUUGUCUGGAAAAGGGACAUGAGGGUAUUUGAGGGAGUGGGUAAUUGAAAUGUUUUGUAUCUUGAUGUGGCUGACAGUAUGUAGUUGCAUACAUUUGUCAACAUCCCCCAAGCUGUAUGUUUAAGAUUUGUGAUUUUACUACAUGUGAAGUAUAUCUUAAUAAAAUAUUGUUAUGAAAUAAGCUGUAAAUUAAA